AUGGAGCGCACAGAUGAGACGCCCAGGAGACGCCGCACGAAGCGAAGAAACGAGACUCGUGAACGCGAUUCCACCAGGAGUGAAACCGACAGAAGCGCUGCUCGCCGGCGCAGGAUUCGUCGUGGUGACGACAAGAGAAGAGCGAAAAACAGGGCCGUCGAGGAUUCGGAUGAGAGUGACGACGAGGGAAUAGUGAACAACGCGGCCGUCGAGGAUUCGGACGGGGAGAGUGACGACGAAGACGAAGCCAUAUCCACACCCGGGAGCUCGAGCACGAUAGCUUCUUCAACGGCGCCACCUCCAGGCACGACGACACUUUCGCCUCCACCACCGCCGCCGCCAGUCGCUACGCCCCCUUCAGCCACGUUGGACAGUCAAACUCUGCCUCCGGCAUCAACCACACUGGGAACUCAAACAUUCAGCCAGUCUGCCACCAACACACCGGUAGCUGCAGCUGAGACCACAGAUCCCCCACGAGCCCAGAAUGGAGCCGGCCCCAGCCGCCAGUCCACCGCUGCACCCCCGGCGGCCACGAUAGUAAUCGCGGUCUUCGGAUCACUAGCCGGCGUCAGCCUCCUGGCCUUCCUCUUCUGGAAACUGUACCGCGGGCGACGCGGCCGGGACGAGCCUGAUCAGAGUUCCGGGAAGGAAAUUUUUGUUGGCGGUCCCAAGUCCGACAUCCGCAUCAUGGAUGAGGCGAUGGCCGCCGCCUACAAGGCCGAGGGCGGCAACACGAGUACCAUCGGAUUCAUCCCACCCCGCGAAGACCCCAGUCGAGACGGGACCGCCGACCAGGGCGUGUCGCGGUGGAACGAUUCCACGCCGGGCUGGCUCAGGCGACAGGUGCAAAAGGUGAAAUCCAGAACCAGCCCCGACGCCGCCGCCGGCGCAGCAGCAGCACAAGACGACUCAUCGCCCAAGGACGCCGCCGUCUCCAGGUGGAUGGACCGGCACGCGAGCCGCAUGCUCGACCCGAUGGCGGCGCGGGCCAGCGUCGCGUCGAGCGGCGCCGCCAGCCUGCGGGGCCUGGGCCCGGUGCCCUCGGUGUCGCCCGCCUCCGUGGUGGGCGGCCAGCGGGAGAGCAUCCUCAGCGAGAUGGGCCAGAUCAGACGGGCCGCGGUGCCGCCGCCGCUCGAUCUGAAGAUGGUGGAGAGGGUCAAACAAAUGCAGGAGGAGGACCAGGUGCGAAAGCAGGAGCGGACGCGCGGCCCCGCGGGCGGGGACGUCCAAGGGGGUGUGCUGCGGCCGCCUCCGCCCAUGGCCGAUCGCUGGGGGAACAGCAGUCCAACGGCGAUGAGCCAGGCCCGGACUGAGACUACGUGGAACACGUGGGGGGUGGAGCAGCGUCGGAAGUGA